AUGACUUCCCCAGAGGUGCAGGCUGGGAGCCCCACAGACUGGAUGGACUUAAAGACGGGCUGCCGUACCGAAUCGCUCUUGCAUCCCACGGUCAGCAGUACCGAGUGCCCCUGGGAUGUCUCGGGCGCCUACCCGCGCCUAGCCUGGCGAACAGACGGCAACAUCAUGGGCUCUUAUACCUCCUUCUCGGGCUCCAAAAAGACCCUCAAAGUCGUGGAAAGCACCGACAAGGGGCAGACUACCUUCUCGCCCAUCGGCUCCAUAGCCAGCAGCACAGGCGACUUGGACAACUGCUUCCUCCUCGAAGUCCCCCUACAACCCCAUUCUCGCCGCGUACCGCAUACGGGCAAGUACACGUACUACCGCCUGACGCUGUCCAUCAGCUACGACGGCGGGCGCAGCUGGAAAUUUCUCGUCAACGCCGUGCAAUCCCCGCCCGAAGCCGACGUGCUGGGGUUCUGGGAACCGUUCAUGCGGGUUGGGGUAGAGGGGGAGAUCCAGCUUUCGUAUUCGAAGACGGAGGCUACUGACAACCAGGAGACAUUCCGGACCAAGUCGUUCGAUGGCGGACACACGUGGAAGGUGCCGCAGUGCUUGGUUUGUCACGCGGCGGACGAGAAGAAAAGGGACGGCAUGCAGAGUAUUGUCGAGGUUACGGAUGCGAGCACGGGACAGGAUGCGUUGAUUGUUGUCUACGAGACGACGGGUCAUGGCUUGUUUUCGGUCCAGGGCGCCGUAACGUAUGAUGACGGGACGAGUUGGGGAGAGAGGCAGACAGUGUACAAUCCCGCGGCGGGGAGGAAUGCUGGGUCACCGCAGAUUGCGCAGUUUUCUGAUGGGGGUUUGGUGGUUCUGUUCAUGACGGACGAGGAUGCGAGCGAGGUUGAUUGGCCCAAUGGUGCAACAAUCAAGAGUGUGGCUUCUAGUGGGCUGCAUAAUAGCGCUAUUACCGUCAUCGAUAGGGUGCUAGUGGCCGAGGCUGAGAGCAGCUGGCCGGGAGUGUUGCCGCUGAGCGGGACGGAGAUAAUGGGUGUGUUUGGGACGAAUAGCGCGCUGGUAGGAAAGCCUAUCACACAGACACGAGCUGCAUGA